CAAACCUGACGUCAUUUUUGUAUUUUUCCCCUCUGCUUACAGUCUUUAUUUUCGUGUUUGAAGAAGAAUAUUUCCAAAAUAUGGCUGCAGAUUCGCCGAAAAGAAGUAUAAAAUCAAAUUAUAAUGUUAUUAGACCACAGGCUUUUAGUGAAAAGAGUGUGAUGGAAAGUGUAGUGGAUUUCAUCUCAGAUGUUGUUCCACAGGCAUACACUGGUAACAUAAAGGCUGAGGAUAAGGAAAGGAUUCAGUGGGUUCAGUUUGCCCAGUCUGAUAUCAAUGAUGUGUCCUCAAAUCCAGAUCUGAACACUAACGAGAGUAAAGGGGUGCCCUUAUUACUGAUACUGGGAUAUGGAAAUGGAGUACAAGUGUGGAAUAUAGCGACCAAUGGAGAGGCACAGGAAGUGAUGUCACUGAGGCAAGGACCAAUCAGAAUCUUCAGAGUUCUACCAACACCUACACAAGUUUUUGAGGAUCCUGAUCAGUUCCAUUAUAAGAGACCACUGGCUGUUCUCUGUGACAGUACCAGUGCUGGACAGCCAUACUGUUCUGUGAAGUUCAUUUCCGUAAGAACUGGAGAUGAGGUUCACAACAUCAGUUUUAAAACACACCCUGUCUUAAAUAUAGAGGGCAGUAAGAGAGUGGUUGUGGUGGUGUUCCAAGAGAAGCUGAGUGUGUAUGAUGCUUGUUCACUGAGACAACUGUUCUGGGUCAUGAACUGUUUUCCUAACACUGGCCCAAAUAUUAACCCUAUUGCUCUGGGAACAAGGUGGUUAGCCUACGCAGAUAAAAGGCUUGUUCCAAUGCACCAGUCCUGUGGCGGUAUGUCUGGAGAUGGAUCGCAGUCUUAUGCUGCCACGGUCAUCAGUGCUGCUAAGGGAGCAUUUAAGGGUCUGACCAUGUUUGGAGAAGCUAUGGUUCACAGUGUAACAGGAACAAAGCCUGCCCCCUCACCAAAAAAGGCUGACUCCCCUCCCCUGGACAACGGUCAUCGUCCAGGCAUUGUGUCCAUCAUUGACACACAGACAGUCAAUGUUGAUCAUUUCAGUGUGAGUGAAGACAAUGAAGCUGACGGACUCAUUGCUCAUUUCCACGCCCACGCUAAUGAGCCAGUGUCAUGUAUGACCUUUGACUCCUCUGGUACACUACUCCUGACUGCAUGUAAACUAGGGCACAACUUUCAUGUGUUCAGAAUCAUGGCUCAUCCAUGUGCCUCGUCACUGGGGGCAAUUCAUCAUCUGUAUACACUACACAGAGGGGAGACAACUGCCAAGGUGAUUGACAUGUGCUUUAGUCAUGACAGUAGAUGGGUGACAGUCAGUUCUCACAGAGGAACAACUCAUCUUUUCCCUAUUACACCAUAUGGAGGUCAAGUAAAUACUAGAACACACUGUAGUCCACGGAUUGUAAAUCGAGCCAGUCGGUUCCACAAGAGUGCUGGAUUGGAUGAUAUGGAUCAUGGAGCUGGAAGGAAUAGCCCCGUGCUCAAUGCCUCAGGAAGUCCAACGUCAGCAGGUCAAUAUGACAACUACCCAAGUUUACUGAGACAUAAUGCCCUCAACAACAGUAUAGGGAACCCAAGACUUCCUCCCUAUCCCCACCCAAUCACUGUGUACCCUCUGGCCCAGAUCAAACAGCCCUUGAUGACCGGGCGGGGCAGUAGUAAGACAGGCAGUCCCUCCCACACAGGCUCGGAUAACUGGAUCCUUGUCACAGCUUGUUUUUCUACACCCAGAGUGUGGGUUGGAGGAAGUCCUAGCCUCUCUGUAGAUAGGAGAGAAGGUAAGAGAGCAGCAGACUCCCUAUUUCUAAUGAGUCAGACGGGAACUCUAGUGGAGUAUGUCCUUGACCCUAAAUCCAAGCAAGUAACAGAGAAAAUAACAGAUGGAACUCCUCUAGAUUUAUCCAUUACUGGUUAUACCCAAUGGCACCUACAGAGGUCAAAAACAUCAGAGGAAGUCAGGCCCCCUCUAGUCCUCAAUAACCCCCUUAUUUUAGCCUCUGAUGCAGUCAUGUCACAAAGACCAUCCUCACGCACAGAUGACAGUGGUCAGUUCCCGGUGACCAGACAAGAUUCCCGUGAUAGCUUACCAGCUGAACAGGAAAACAGAAGGGUCGAUCAAGAGGAAUGGCUUUCUCAAGUGGAGAUCAUUACCCAUGUAGGACCCCACCGUCGCCUCUGGAUGGGACCACAAUUCUCUUUUAAAACGUACCAGAAUGUACAGAACACUACGGUCUUGUCCUCUCAAUCCUCGGCCCUUCUGUCUCAGAGUCCAGAGGUCAACCUGUCCAACAUGGAUGUCACCUCAGACGAGGUGGACCUCGAAAGUCUAAAAAUCCAGCCAGUGAGAUCUAGUCCUGUAGCUAUGCCCAAUGCUCGCCCUGCCUACAGACGAACAGGAAGUGACAUCACCUCUUCUCCGGGAAAAGGUCCCUCACCUUUACUCAUAGAAGCAGGCAGUUUUGACCAGUCUCCAAAUCUUUGUGACGUCUACAGCAGUUGGGCCGAGUCCACGGUUGCUAAGCAACCUAGAGGAAGUGUAGAAUUAGAUGAGAAAAUGAAAGAAAAUCUUGCAGAGGCCAUGUUAGAAUCCCCAAUGAAGGAGGGGGGCCCUUCAUCAGUAUCACAUGAUGCCUUUAUUGGUAGUAACGAGAACCUAAGCACGUCUUCUGGCUCCAGUAUUGGGCUGACACGAGAACACGUCAUGGACCCAAUGUUUAGCACCAGCAACGAGUCACCUGACUCCAGCUGACGUCACAGGGAACCGGAAGUUGAAUCUAGGUACCGGAAGAUCUCGACAGCCGAUUGUAAUGUGUCAUUCUCUAUAAUUAAAUGUAAAAAUUAAUGUACUCGCUUUUAUGAUAAUUUAUCAUUUUAAAUAAUAAUUGAAUGUAAAAAAAUGUUUUAAAGUGUGUAAAUGAUAAAGGGGAAAGUUUAGACGUAAGAAAAUGAAUAAAUGCAUCAAAACUGUGCAUGCAUUGACUGAACCCAAAGGAUUGGUCUGUAUUUCAUUGUGAUACUGUACAUUUUUAUAUAUACAUAUAUUGGUUAUGAAAAUGAAACACUCAUUUUGCAUUGUUAGAAUAAUUUAAACUUGUAAUAAAUAUAUGGUUGUUAUUUUAAAAUGUAUUUUUUCUUAAAUUUUACAUUAGAUGUGCGUAAUAAAGGUGAUAUCCAAAAACAA